AGCAGCUAAGGAAAAAAAAAAAGUUAUUAGAUGUCUGGGCCAGAAAUGUUCUAAUGCAGAUUUCCUAACUACAAGCGCCAAUAUACACCUAACAUAAGUUGAUGUCCAUUCUAUCGUAUCAAUGGGCUCACUAAAAAGGAAAGAUGCCCCUGGAGCAUCUUCAGUGUUGAAAGCACCCAAAGCGCAAAGUGAUUCGCGACCGUCGAAACGAUCCAAGUCCGACAAGACAUCUGCUCCGAAAGAUGCGAAAGAUGCGAAACCGACUACGAAUCCCAAACCUGCAAUUGCAACUACGGUCUCGCGCUUAAAAGAAGAAGAGCCUUUAUUUCCUCGUGGUGGUGGUAGCGUCCUUACGCCCCUUGAACAUAAGCAGAUAUCAAUACAGGCAAAACAGGAUGUUCUCUUCGAGCAGGAGUCUGGUCAGGGUAUAAAGAAGCCAGAACGAGCCCCCAAGAAGAGAAGAUCUAAGCCCUCGAAGGACGGGAAACUUGGAGGUGCCAAUGACGAUGAAGAAGGUGCAAAGAUUGAAAGUCUCAACUAUAAGAGAUUGGUUAAAGGUUCUCUAGUCCUUGGUCAAGUCGCCGAAAUCAAUCCAUUAGAAUUAAUACUCGCUCUACCCAACAACCUCUCUGGUCAUGUGCCAAUUACGGCCAUCUCUCCUGCUUUGAACGACAAGAUAGCAGCCGAAGCCGCGGACGAAGAGGAAGAAGCAGAUGAUGCUGAGGAUGAUGGUCUUAACCUGAAGGACAUGUUCAAAAUCGGCCAGUACCUCCGCGCUUAUGUCACAUCAACCAUCGAAGAGUCGACGGCCACUUCCGCGAAACCUAGGAAACAUAUUGGGUUAUCGCUACGUCCAGAUCUCACGAAUACGGGCUUAAGUAGCCAGGAUGUUGUCCCGAACUGCACAGUAAUGGCAACGGUCGUUAGUUCUGAGGACCACGGUUUCGUCAUGGAACUUGGGCUUCAUGAUUCAGAUCUCCGUGGAUUCUUACCCCGGAAAGAGCUGGCCGAGGGUAUUUCUGACUCCCAAAUGCAGCCUGGGGGUGUUGUUCUCUGUCUCGUGACGGGCAAAAGCGCCAACAGCAAGGUUGCGCAGCUGACCACUCUCCCCAAAAAGAUUGGAAAGGUUCAGAACUUUCCGUCGGAAGCGACUACGAUCAACUCAUUCUUGCCAGGAUCCGCAGUAGAGUUCAUGGUAUCUGACAUCGCCAAACGUGGGAUAAUCGGCAAGAUCAUGGGAUCGUUAGAUGUCACGGCUGAUUUGAUCCAUUCAGGCCUUGGUCCCAAAGCCUUAGAUCUAGAAUCCAAGUUCAAGGUUGGGAAGAAAUACAAGGCCCGCGUAAUAUGCAAUUUCCCAGCAGCCCAAGACCCAAAACUAGGCAUUUCUCUCCUGGAUCACGUGGUAUCCUUGAGUUCAAUGUCGACUUCUUCGAGUAAACUACCCAUGGAAGCUCUCCCAAUAUCUUCAGUGGUAGAGAAAUGUACCGUCACUAAGGUCGAUCCAGAGAUUGGUCUAUUUGUCGAUAUUGGCAUCGAAGGAGUACCUGGGUUUGUGCACAUAUCUAGAGUCAAAGACGGCAAGGUCGAUAUUCUUUCCGAGUCAUCUGGUCCCUUCAAAACAGGCUCUAUACAUCGCGGCCGGGUGGUAGGAUACAACGCCAUCGAUGGCAUGUUUCACCUAUCAUUCGAGAAACAUAUUCUAGAGCAGCCCUUCCUACGAAUUGAAGACAUACCCAUUGGCGAAAUUGUCCAUGGGGAGGUUGAGAAAUUGAUGAUAAACCAAGACGGUGUUAGUGGUCUUCUCAUCAAGCUUGCAGAAAACAUUGUUGGGUUUGUCCCGGAAAUGCACAUGGCAGACGUUCGACUACAGCAUCCAGAAAAGAAAUUUCGAGAAGGCCUCAAGGUCAAAGCCCGAGUCCUGUCGACAGAUCUAGUUAAAAGACAGGUCAAGCUCACACUGAAGAAAACCCUCGUUAAUUCUGAGACAACUCCUCUCAAGUCCUUCGAUGAGGUAUCUGUCGGUCUGCAAAUUCCGGGUACAAUCAUCAAGGUGCUCAACAAUGGUGCCAUUGUGAAGUUUUACGGGUCUCUCAGCGGGUUCUUGCCUGUAUCGGAAAUGAGCGAGGCCUACAUUCAAGACCCAAAAGAACAUUUCCGAGUUGGCCAAGUUGUCAGUGUCCACGUCUUGAGUUUUGACGUCGAGGCUCAAAAGCUCUUCCUUUCUUGCAAAGACCCAUCUGCCUUCGGUCUCGACAAGCAGAUAGCUCUAAAGCAGCUCAAACUUGGAGAAAUUGUCUCUGCUAAAGUUGUUCAGAAGACCGAAGAUGACGUGUUUGUUGAAUUAGUCGGCAGUUCAUUGAAGGCCAUGUUGCCAAUAUGGCAUCUAGCCGAUCGACCCAGCAAGUGCCAAUCUGCCUUGAAACGCAUCCAUGUUGGACAAGUUCUCAAUGAUCUUGUAGUACUGGACAAGAACGAAGGUCGUCGGUACAUAGCAUUGUCAAGGAAGCCUAGCUUCAUCAAGGCCAGCCAAGAUGGGAAGCUUCUUACGUCCCUGGAGGAAGCUAAAGUUGGUGAACUUCGACAAGGUUUCGUCAGAAAUAUUACCGCCACAGCAGCUUUCAUUCAAUUCUGUGGCCAUAUUACCGCCUUACUACCUAAGUCGAAAUUGCUACAGGAAGAUCAGAAGAAGGAGAGCUUCGGGCUGGAAAAGUAUCAGCCUAUAUUUGUUAAGAUCGAUUCUAUCGAUACGGACCAUGACAGAAUUGUUGUUGCUUCAUCUUCUUUUGAGGGAGACAAAGUCCCCAAAGACAGCGCUGCCUCUGAUCUAUCAAACAAGAUCGAAAACCCAGUAGAUGAAACCAUUUCAUCAAUGGAUGACCUGUUCAUCGGAAAAGUCACCAAGGCGAAGAUUACAUCUGUUAAGAGUACACAGCUGAACGUCAAACUUGCCGACAAUGUACAAGGUCGCAUAGACGCCUCUCAAGUAUUUGAUUCUUGGAAGAAAAUAUCGAAUCCAAAGGCACCAUUGAGUUCUUUCCGAGCAAAUAACACCAUCAAAGUUCGGGUUCUGGGUAUUCACGAUGCCAGGAAUCAUCGCUUUUUGCCUAUCACGCAUCGUUCGUCUCAUACAGUCCUCGAGUUAUCCGCGAAGCCAAGCGAUCUAAAGCAAGAUUCACCCCUAACAAUAUCAUACGACAAUCUAAAACUAGGCUCUACGCAUCUUGGUUUCGUAAACAACGUGGAGAAAAACUCACUAUGGGUGACCCUUUCGCCUAAUGUGCGAGGCAGGAUCAACACCAUGGAAAUAUCUGAUGACGUAUCUCAGCUUGGCGAUUUGGCAUCUGCCUUCCCAGUUGGAUCGGCGUUACAAGUUCGCGUUCUGUCGGUGAACGCGGCUGAAAGGCGUCUAGACCUCUCAGCACGCUCUUCUAGUUCCUCGGCAAACCUCACUUGGGAGAAAUUAAAGCCGAACAUGGUCCUUCCCGUUCGCGUCACCAAGAUCAAUGAACGACAGGUUAUAGUGCAACUCAGUGACGUUAUCUCUGGACCGGUUCACUUGAUUGAUAUCAGUGAUGAUUAUGACGAGGCAAACACUUUGUCAUAUAACAAGAACGAUGUCAUCAGGGUAUCAAUUGUCGACGUUGACAAAAGCAACAAGAAGCUUCGACUCUCGACACGUCCCUCAAGAGUGUUGAACUCUUCUCUGCCUGUCAAAGACCGUGAGGUUACCAAAACAGCCCAAGUCAAUGCAGGGGACGUCCUACGAGGUUUUGUGAAGAACGUUUCUGACAAGGGGUUGUUCGUGAGUCUUGGUGGAAAUGUUACGGCUAUGGUUAAAAUAUCCGAUCUUUCGGAUAAAUACUUAAAAGACUGGAUGGACGAGUACCAAAUCGACCAGCUUGUCAAGGGCCGCAUCACAUCAGUCGACACCACCUUGGGCCACGUGCAGAUGAGCCUCAAGUCUUCGGUGGUCGACAAUAAGUUUGUUUCGCUCACCAACUGGUCGGACCUUCGUGAAGGCCAAAUAGUUAUCGGGAAAGUCCGAAAGGUUGAGGAAUUUGGUGCAUUCAUCGUCAUUGAAGGCUCCGCGAACGUUAGCGGGCUAUGCCAUCGCAGCGAAAUGGCUGAGAAGGCUGUCGAAGAUGCGCGGAAGCUCUUUAGCGAGGGCGACGUAGUCAAAGCCAUCAUCUUGAAGCUUAAUAAGGAGAAGAAACGGAUCAAUUUCGGCCUCAAGCCCUCAUACUUUGAGGACGACGAUGGCAUGGACGUCGACGAGAGCGAUGAGGAUGAUGAGGCCGGCGCUGCAUUAUUCGACGACGAAGAUGAAGCCAGUGAAGACGAUACUGACAUGGAAGAUGCUGGGGCUACCGUGAUCAUCAAAGGAACUGAUAAUGAUGAAGAUGAGGCAAGUGAUGAUGAAGAUACCAAGAUGGAUGAUGAUGUUGCCCCUCUCGACGCUGGCGGGUUUGACUGGUCUGCAAAAGCGCUUGAUAAUGUUGAUGCGGCGGAUGAUGAGUCAGACGCGAAUGCGAACACAGAUCAGAAGAAAAAGAAGCGACGAAAGCCGCAGAUCGAAGUGGACAGGAGCGGUGACUUGGAUGCAUUUGGCCCAAGAACAGCGGUCGAUUACGAGCAGCUCCUUAAUCGCCAACCCAACUCGUCCGCAUUAUGGAUUGAGUACAUGGCUCAUCAGAUGCAAGUCAGUGAGCUUGCAAAGGCUCGCGAAGUAGCUGAUCGUGCCGUUACGACUAUUAACAGCACUGAAGAGACAGAAAAGCUCAACGUCUGGAUCGCCUAUCUAAACUUGGAGGUUCGGUUCGGAACCCAAGACAGUGUCGAUGAAGUUUUCAAGCGAGCCUGCCAAGUAAAUGACCAACAGGAAGUUCACCAGCGUUUGGCAAGUAUUUAUAUUCAGGAAGAUAAGGCCGGGAAAGCCGACGAGCUCUUCCAGGCCCUCGUCAAGAAGUUUGGGGCCCAGUCGCCCGAAGUCUGGUACAACUACGCGCACUGGCUGCACGCAGUACAGAACCAGCCCGAGCGUGCGCGCGCGUUGCUGUCGCGUGCUACGCAAGCACUUCCGAACCACGCGCGUUUCCCGCUUAUGGUCAAGUUUGCGGCGUUAGAGUUCACCUCGCCACAUCGAAACCCGGAGCUGGGACGCACCAUGUUCGAGGGUCUAUUGGCCAGCUUCCCCAAGCGCUUCGACCUCUGGAACCAACUACUCGACCACGAGGACGUACCGGGUGCGGACAAGACCGUCAUCCGCGACAUAUUCGAGCGUGCCACCAAAGUCAAGGGGCUGAAGGCUCGCGCGGCUAAGAAGUGGUUCAAGCGCUGGGCGGACUGGGAGGUGAAGAACGGUGACACGAAGAGCCGUGAGAAGGUUAGCGCGAAGGCUGCUGAGUGGGUAAGGGCUAAGGCGGAGGCUAAGGCGGCAAAGGGGGACGAAGAUGAUGAGGAUGAUGACGAGUAAGCGGUAGGGAAUGUACUAGGUACCUAGUAGGUAGUCGUGAUACCCUCUAUUCCUCUUAUAAAAUAGGAUCAACUAAAAGGAAAAUAAAAUUAACAAUGCGUGGGCCCUUAUGGAUUCUCGCGCGUGAAGCAAUCUCCAUACCUGCCUACCUA